AUGCAGGCCGCUAUCGGCUUGGCCAGCUGGCUGGUUGGCAAGGUGCUGGAUAAGUUCUCUGAUGAAUUGGUGGCCGCAUAUGUGGCCAGCUCCGAGCUUGGCCUCAACUCCGACCAGAUCCAGACCAAGUUGAAGUACAUGCAAGGGUUGCUGCACUUUGCCCAGGAGAGGGAUGUGAGCAGCAACCCUGGCCUGCAGAGCUUGCUGGAGAACCUGAGCAAGAAGGCUGAUGAGAUUGAGGACGCGCUGGAUGAGCUCCACUACUUCAUAAUACAAGACCAACUGGAUGGCACCUGGGAGGCUGCCCCGGAGCCGGGUGAUGGCCUCCACGGUCAUGCCACCCAUGCCGUCCAUGCUGCUAACUACACCAUUGGUAACUCGCUCCUAUGCUUUUCUUGCUUGCAACCAGGGCGAUUUGCCCUUCCUUUUCGGAAAAAACAAUGCCUUUCUUGCUCGCGUACUCAAGAUGAUGAGUGUGCUGCUGCUACUGUAGUUAGCAAUGACCCACACAAUGUGACCAGGUCUGCUAGUAGCAAUGAUGCUGUUGGGAAGUUGAAAUUCGAUAGGGUGGCCAUGUCCAACAAAAUCAAGUCACUGAUACAGAGCAUACACAGCCUAUGUGAUCCCGUAUCUGACUUGCUGAACAAAAUCCCAAAUAAUAGCACAGCUAUCACCCUUAAAAGGCCUCCCACGGGUUCAACUGUUGCACAAGAUAAAUUAUAUGGGAGAAGCGUCAUUUUUGAGCAAAUUGUAAAUGCACUAACUAGUGGCACAUAUCAUGGUGAAACCCUUUCUGUUCUUCCUUUUGUUGGCCCUGGGGGUAUGGGAAAGACAACUUUCACCCAACACUUGUAUAAUGAUGAAAGGACCAAGAGUCACUUUGCUGUCAAGGUCUGGGUCUGUGUUUCAACUGAUUUUGAUGUCCUUAAGCUAACCCAACAGAUCCUUAGCUGCAUACCUGCAACUGAAAAGGAAGAAUACAAUUGUACAAAUGAGACAACCAAUUUAGACCUUCUUCAAAAAACCAUUGCAGCGAGAUUGAAGUCCAAAAGGUUUUUAAUCGUCUUCGAUGAUAUUUGGAAAUGCAAUAGUGAAAGUGAUUGGAAUAACUUGUUAGCUCCAUUCAAAAAGGGGGAAACCAAGGGCAGCAUGGUUCUUGUCACAACUCGGUUUCCAUCUAUAGCAGAUUUGGUGAAAACAACUCAUGUAGUAGAACUGCAUGGUUUGGAGCCUAAUGACUUCUUUGAAUUGUUUGAAGCAUUUAUAUUUGGUCAUAACAAGCCUGGACAUUAUGAAGAUGACUUAAUUGAUGUUGCAAGAGAUAUUGCCAAGAAACUAAAGGGUUCGCCCCUAGCAGCCAACACAGUUGGUCGGUUGUUGAGGAAAAACCUUUCUCGGGAACAUUGGACUGGAGUUCUUGAAAAGAAUGAGUGGCAAAACACAAAAAAUGAUGAUGAUAUUAUGCCGUCUCUAAAAAUUAGCUACGAUUACCUUCCUUUCCUUCUAAAAAAAUGUUUUUCUUAUUGUGCCCUCUUCCCUGAAGAUUAUAAGUUUUUUAAUUUAGAAAUUACUAGCUUUUGGACUGCGAUAGGUAUCCUAAACCCAAGUUCUGAAAACAAUAAGAAUUACUUAGAAGAAUUAGUGAACAAUGGUUUUCUCAUGAAGGUAGUUGAUACGUAUGAUAAUCAAUACUUCGUUAUGCAUGAUUUAUUGCAUGAACUAUCCCGAAAUGUUUCAUCACAAGAAUGUGUCAAUAUAAGUAGUUUAAAUUUUAGUGUUGAUGAUAUACCACGUUCUGUUAAACACCUAUCAUUCACCACAAAAAAUAUAUAUGAUGAAAGUUUUGGGGAGGAGAUAGGUAAAUUGAAGCUUGUGAUAGACAUUGAAAAUUUGCGGACUUUGAUGAUUUUUACGUUAUAUGAUGCGAGAAUAGCCAAUAUUCUAAAAGAUACAUUUGAAGAAAUAAAUGGUCUCCGAGUUUUAUUUGUAGCGAUGAGCACUCCAACAUGUUUGCCAAACAGGUUUUCAAAUCUUAUCCACCUCCAAUACCUUAAAAUUAGUUCACUUCGUCGCUGGAAAGAAAUGACGUUACCUAGCACAUUGUCUAGAUUCUACCACUUGAAAUUUUUAGACCUCAAUGGCUGGCGUGGUAGUGAAAAGUUGCCUAAAGAGAUUAGCCGCCUUGUGAAUUUACGACAUUUUCUUUCUUCCAAAGAACUCCAUUCCAAUAUUCCUGAGGUUGGAAAGAUGAAGUUUUUAGAUGAGCUAAAAGAGUUCUAUGUUAAGAAAGAGGGUGUUGGGUUUGAUCUGAGAGAGCUGGGGGAAUUGAGAGAACUCGGGGGUGAACUCAGCAUAUGUAAUCUUGAAACCGUGGCGUCCAAGGGAGAAUCUAGCGAAGCAAAAUUAAAGAACAAAAGAAAUCUGAAAAAGUUGAGAUUAGUAUGGGGUACAGAGCACCAGAUUAUAGAUGAUGGUGUUCUUGAUGGCCUUCAACCACACACUAAUCUUAGGGUGCUUGGCAUUAUAAAUCCUGGUGUUGUUCCUUGUCCUAGAUGGUUGUGUGGUGGCAUUAGCACAAUGAGGUUGGAGUCUCUUCAUCUGGAGGGUCUUUCUUGGUGUCCUCUUCCAGCAUUUGAGCAGCUACCACACCUCAGCAGUCUCACUUUGAAAAAUAUUACUGGGAUGAGUGUGUUUGGUCCUGGCUUUAGUGGUGUUACAGAAAGAAGCUUCAUGCACCUGAGGACACUUGAGUUUGAGAAUAUGCCAGAGCUUGAGAAGUGGGUUGGGGAACCUAAUAGCCGUCUAUUUUCAAGGCUUGAAAGCAUUAAGGUUGGAGGUUGUCCCCUUCUCAGCUUUUUUCCCUUCUUGGAGUGCUCUGACCUAUUUUCCAACCUGUGUAGUCUUCAUAUUGAUAACUGCCCCGAGUUGUCUCAGUUCCCACCCAUGCCUCACACCUCCACACUAACAGAUAUUCGUGUGAAAAAUGGUGGGUCAAGGCUAUUGUAUGAUGGUAAGGAAUUGAGCAUUAAAGGGUAUACCAGGGCUUUGGCUUUCGACAAUAUGGAUAAAGUAGAGGUUAUGAAAAUUACGGAUGUGUCACACAUUUCCUUUUCAGACCUCCGGAAACUAAACUUGUUGAGAAGUAUUCGUUUCAAGAUAUGCGACGACAUGUUUUCUGCAGAAAUGGCUGACAAUGUUGUCCUCUACUCAGUUCAGAAUCUUGCUAUAGAGGAAUUAUGUAUUACUGGAGAAUUAUUUUCGCAGGUGUUGAAGUGUUUUCGAGCCCUUUCCCAGCUUACCAUCAAAGAGUGUGAGAGCCUCGAACUUCUGUCUAUGGAGGAUGGAGGACUCUCAGACCUCGAGAUGCUCCAAUCAUUUACAGGAAGGAACUGUGGGAAUCUGUUCUGUGGGUGGCCCAAGGGAGAGGUAGGUUGGGGAGCUCAUGCCAUCAAGCCUUUCCCUACUUCUCUUAGGGAACUUAAUAUUUUCUUAGAGCCAAGCAUGCAAGCAAUGGGUCUGCUCUCAAACCUCACAUCCCUCGCCAGCCUUAGCUUGUUAGGUUGUGAAAAAUUAACAAUGGAUGGGUUCAAUACUCACAUCAUGGUCAACCUCAAGAAACUGACCAUAAAUGAUAUGUAUUGGGGACAAGAGAAAAUCCCUGUAGCACGGGAUCUGCUCUCGAGAAUUGCAAGGAGAAAAUUAAUGUGUGCAGGCUCUUUCCUGUUGGAAGAAUUUGAGGUGGAUAGCAGCUCGACAGUGCUUACUUCUCCCAUCUGCAGCCACCUAGCCGGUACCCUCCACACAUUGGAGUUCAGUUAUGAUCAAAGGGUGAUGACCUUCACGGAAGAGCAAGAGCAAGCACUUCAGCUUCUCAGCUCCCUCAAAUUUCUAGAAUUUCGAGAUUGCAACAAUCUGCAGUCCCUCCCUCAAGGGUUACGUGGCCUUUUUUCUCUCAAGACACUAAGGAUCAACAGUUGUAGGAAUAUCCUAUGCCUGCCGCGAAAGGAGGGGCUCCCUGCUUCACUGGAAAAGCUAGAAGUAAUUUCUUGCAGUCCUGAUGUAACUGAGCUAGCCAAGACAUUGGAAGAAAGUGACCCAUGGUUUUCGGUAGACAUAAGGGCAUAG